UUUACUAGUUGUGCUCUAGAAUUUCAAUUUUGUUGAAUUACAAUGAAGUUUUGCUCAAUAAAUAUUAGAUUAUGGUUCUUCCUUUUAAUAGUAGAAUACUUGAUCACUGAAUUAAUAUCUGCUGAUUAUUCUUCUGACAAUAAAAUAGCUGAUGUUUUCAGCAAAAUAUUAUCAAGGAAACGAAGAACUGUUACAGUUACUAAAAAUCGUAUAUGGCCAGACGGUAUAAUUCCUUAUGAAAUCGAUGAUAAAUACUCGGGAGUACAAAAAACUAUAUUUAAACAAGCAAUGCGACAUUGGGAAAAUUAUACUUGUAUUAAAUUUGUUAAAAGGGAUAUUGAAAAAGACUUUAACUAUGUUAUGUUCACAGAAAAGUCUUGCGGAUGCUGCUCUCAUACUGGUAAACGAAGCAAAGGGUCUCAAUUCGUUAGCAUAAAUGAUGAAUGUAGUGAAUUUGGGAUCGUUGUUCAUGAAUUGGGUCAUGCAAUUGGUUUUUAUCAUGAACAUACACGACCUGAUCGUGAUACAUACGUAAAAAUUUUUACAGAAAAUAUUGAACCUGAUUUUUUACACAACUUUGGUGUGCUAAACCAAAAAAAAAUAGCUCCUCUUACCCAACCUUAUGAUUUUGAUUCCAUCAUGCAUUAUGCAUCGAAUACAUACUCCAAGGAUGACAAAUUAGAUACUAUCUUACCCCGGCAAGAAUUAGGGAUAAAUCCGGCUGAACUUGGUCAAAGAAUAGCUCUGAGUAAGGGUGAUAUAAUUCAAGCAAAUACUCUCUACAAUUGUCCAAAAUGUGGAGGUACUUUUCAGGCAAAUAACGGCUCCUUUGAAUCCCCAAUUUAUGAAAAUUUAAAUCAAGUCGUUUUGCCGGAAUAUUGUGAGUGGAGAAUAAGUGUUGCUCAUGGAGAAACAAUUAUUCUUAGUAUCAACUCACUUAACAUAUACAAAAAUAAUCAGUGUAAAAAUGAUUAUUUAGAAGUUAUUGAUGGAUAUUCUGUUCAAAGCUCAGUUCUAGGUCGCUUUUGUGAUAACAUAAAAAGUAUAAAGCCCAUUACUUCAACGAAAAAUCGUAUGCUGAUAAGAUAUAAAAGAACUAGCAAAGAAAAUAAAUAUAAUGGCUUUACGGCUAAUUACACAACGGUUUGCGGUGGAGAAAUAUCAAUACAAAAUAAUGCAGUCGGUUACCUUGAAUCUCCUAACUAUCCUCAAAACUACCCGGAAAAAAAGAAGUGUAUUUGGCGGUUAUCAGUAUCGGAAGGACACAAUAUAAUUAUCAAAUUUGAAUCAUUCAAAUUAGCGUAUGACAAUAAAGAAAAGGAGAAUGACUACUUGGAAAUUCGUGAUGGAGAUAAAGAGGAUUCACCCAUUCUUAAACAAUUGGUAGGGUCUUCAUUCCCCUCAGAUAUUCAGUCCAGCAAAAAUAGUCUUAUUGUAAAAUUUAUUAGCACUUUUAAUUCUAAAAAAUCUGAAAAUAUAGGAUUUUCAGCGGUUAUUAAGACAAUAAAUUAAUUAGAUUUAUGUAAAAUUUUUUUCACGAUACAAAUAAUGGAUCGUUUUAUUUUUCGCUAUGUUUAUUUUUGUUCUUUAAAUAUAUAAACUA